CAUUACAUCACUUCUAGUUCACGCAAAGCAACUUUAGGGUUUCAUCCCCUCUAAACUCGGUUCCUAUCAAUUCUCUGACGCUUAAAAUUCGAUCGUCAAUCGGAAACGCUCUUCAACUCCGUCGUAGUUGGUAAAAUGAACUGUGAAGUUUGUCAGCUCGAGGAAUUGGAAGUGGAGCACUUCGAGAUACGGGAAGUUCUGCGAUGUAUUCUGCACACAAUACUGUUCCAUAGGGCUCUAGGUCUUGUGCGGCCCAAAGAUGUUGAUCUUGAACUUUUUGAAAUUACAUAUGUCCAAUGUGGUGACAUGGAACUUGAAAAGAAAAUUGAUGAGAAGAUCAAUCAGUUCAUUGAUAGAGUUGAGAAGCACCCAAACAAGAAAAAUCAGAUAUGUUUAUCCUUCUAUGAAAUGAAAAACAAACAAGCAACAAUGACAUGGUUCACUAACAAAGUUGAGCGCUCACACUGGGAACAAUGGUAUAUAAAUUUGAAUGUGGUGCAACAACCGAAAGUGCAUUCUGGGAAGUCUCAUCAUUCAAAACUUGUAGUUGACCCAGGAGAGAGUAGUGCAUUGGAGGAGAGAAGCCAUAGACGGGCAGCACUGGAAGCAUCUCUUCGGGAGGUCUUGUUUCAGAUAAUAAAAUUUGUGAAUGAGAGAAAAGAUCAUGUUCCCCCCAUACCAAAUCUCGAAGGUGUCUCUUUUCCCUAUGAAAUUACUAUCUCAAGUUCAUCGGAUUCCGCAUUUGGGAUUGACAUGUUUAAAAGGAUGCUUCAGACUGGACAUCCGACCAUGCUUAGCUGAUAGAUGAAGCGCCUCACUCUGAGCUGCCAUUAGACCCCUCAAGCAUGGGAUCUGGCACUGGAGUUCCAAGGUCUUGAACCUGCUGCUGGAGUUGAUCUUCUCUCUGUAAGUUUAAUUUACCAUGCAUGAGCAUGUGUAAUAAGAUGAACUGGCCAUUCAUUAGGAUGAUAACAACUCCAGAAAAUACAUGCUUCACAAACAUGUGUUGGAUUUCAAGCUCCAUAUAAUUAUUCGAAGGCGCUUUAACAAAAAUGUAAUUAUUACUGCUCGUGAUGCGCUCAAGCAUGAAUAUUUCACUAGUCUGCAAUC